UUAUACUAUAUUUCAACCGAGUUAGCAGGCGAAAGGAAUCAAGAAAGAAAAGAAAUGAGUGGACUCAAAAUCCAACUAGUUCUCCUGUACUCUACCUUCGGUUUGCUAUUAUUUUUCACCCAUUGUCAAAGUUUGGAGAGUGAGUCGACAUUCUCAAUAGUGAGUCACGAGUUGGACCAUGGGUUCGCAACAACAGAAGAAAGAGUAGUGGAAAUUUUUGAGAAAUGGAGGGAGAAACAUGGGAAAGUAUACAAACAUGAAGAGGAAAAAGAAAUGAGAUUGAAGAGCUUUAAGAAAAAUCUCAAUUACAUAAUGGAGAGGAAUCGGAAGGAUAAGAAGAGUGAUAUAGGCCAACAUGAAGUGGGAUUAAAUGUGUUUGCGGAUAUGACUAAUGAAGAAUUUAGACAAACUUAUUUGCCUUCUUCAAAGCUAAUAUCAAAGCGUACUAAAGAAAAUAAUCCACACAGCGGCAUGACGGAUUGCGAUGCUCCGACUUCUAUGGAUUGGAGGAAGAAAGGAGUUGUCACUCCCGUUAAAAAUCAACGCCAAUGCGGGAGUUGUUGGGCGUUUUCGUCAACUGGCGCGAUGGAGGGCAUAAAUGCAAUAGUUACAGGAGAACUUAUCAGCAUUUCAGAACAGGAACUUGUAGAUUGUGAUACAAGUUGCGAGGGAUGCAACGGAGGGAACAUGGACUAUGCAUUUGAGUUUGUUAUUAAUAACGGCGGUAUUGAUACCGAAUCUGAUUACCCUUACACCGCCAAGGAUGGUACUUGCAAUAUUACCAAGGAGGAAAAGAAAGUGGUAACAAUUGAUGGGUACAGAGAUGUAGCUCCUGAAGAAAAUUCUCUCUUUUGUUCCGUUGCUAACCAACCUAUUAGUGUGGCAAUUGUUGCUUCUUCAUUGGAUUUUCAACUCUACACCGGGGGAGUUUACGAUGGAGACUGCUCGAGCAAUCCGAAAGACUUAGACCAUGGAGUUUUAAUCGUGGGUUAUGGUUCAAAAGACGAUCAAGACUAUUGGAUUGUAAAGAACUCAUGGGGUACAAAUUGGGGUAUGGAAGGAUAUGUGUACAUAAAGAGGAAUACGGAUUUAGAAUAUGGUGUCUGUGCCAUCAACGCACAGGCUUCUUAUCCAACGAAAACUUCUGUUUCUCCUUCUCCAUUUCCUAGUCCUAUUAUUCCUCCACCCCCACCCCCACCUCCGAGUCCAUGCCCAAACCAGUGUGGUGAUCAUAUUGCUUAUUGUCCAAGUGGUGAAACUUGCUGCUGCAUUUUGAAAUUUUAUGGUGUUUGUUUUGUCUACGGUUGCUGUGGGUAUGAGAAUGGAGUGUGUUGCCCGGAAUCCACCUUUUGCUGUCCCCAAGAUUUUCCGGUUUGUGAUGUCGAGGACGGACUCUGUCUUCAGAACUACGGUGACUCUGUGGGAGUAGCAGCGAAGAGAAGAAAAAUGGCGAAACACAAGUUUCCGUGGACAAAGUGUGAACGAAACUACGAGGAACCCCAACCACUGGAUUUUAUAUGGAAUAGAAGAAAUCAAUUUGCUGCAACUCUCUAGAUUGGCGAAGUUGAAACUUCUUAUGUUUCUAAUUGGUUGAUUAAUAAUGUAAUUCUGCAACUUACCAUAAGUUACGAUCAUCUUUAAGCUUUAUAAACAGGCAUAUCUUUGGCUUCUUUGCUAUUUCAAUUAAAUAUAUCCUGGCAAGUCUAAAAAGAACAUUUUAUAGUUUACCA